GAGGGGGCGGCGGUCCCGGCCCGGGGGUUUCUCACCUUUGCCGAGUUUGGCCGGCCCCAGACAGGCAGCAGAAAGUUCAGCAUGCAGGAAGUUUGGGAGCAGCUCGGAGGGUAACUCGGCAGCUGUGACUGCUGUUUUGGGCGGUGGUGGGGUUUUUUUUGUUUGUUUUGGGGUUUUUUUUGUGCGCCUUUUUUUUUUUCCUCGCCUUCAUACAACUGCCCCAAACACACAAGCAACCCGCAACAACAACAACCAAAAAGUCCGGGAAGGGGGAGAGAACACGAGAGAGGGAAGCACCCUGGGUGGGGAGAGCCGGCUUUCUUUGCAGAGACACGGUCCCGUUCACAGCGGAUCCCAAUGCAACUGCUCAUCCUCCUCCUCCUCUACGCUGUCGUCUGUGCGAACUUUUGCAGCCGUCAGGGCACCACUGCCCCUGCCCAGAGCGGAUCUAUAAAAGCCUUGCGGUCCUCGAAUAUCAGGCGAGAUGAGAGCAAUCACCUCACAGACUUGUACCGAAAAGAAGAGACCAUCAGCGUGGCAGGGAAUGGCUGCAUCCACAGUCCUCGCUUCCCCAGCAGUUACCCCAGGAACCUCCUGCUGACGUGGCGGCUCCGCUCCCCGGAGAGCACCAGGAUCCAGCUGGCUUUUGAUAAUCAGUUUGGACUGGAGGAGCCCGAAAAUGAUAUCUGCAGGUAUGACUUUGUGGAAGUGGAAGAUAUAUCAGAGACCAGCACGGUUAUACGAGGACGGUGGUGUGGACACAAGGAAGUACCUCCAAGAAUAACAUCAAGAACAAAUCAGAUAAAGAUAACCUUCAAAUCUGAUGACUACUUUGUGGCUAAACCUGGAUUCAAGAUUUGUUACUCUCUUGUGUGUAGCUCGAAAGAGGCAGAUUUUGCAAACACUCAGGAAAUGGAUGAUUUCCAGCGUGCAGCCUCAGAAACCAACUGGGAGUCAGUCACAAGCUCUGUCUCAGGGGUAUCCUAUCCCUCUCCAUCAGUGACUGACCCUACGCUCACGGCGGAAGCACUGGAUCAGACCAUUGCUGCAUUUGACACAGUGGAGGAUCUGCUCAAACACUUUAAUCCGGACUCCUGGCAAGAAGAUCUCGAGAAUUUGUACACAGACAGUGGCCACAAUUAUCGAGGCAGGAGCUACCAUGACAGGAAGUCCAAAGUUGACCUGGACAGGUUGAAUGAUGAUGUGAAACGUUACAGCUGCACUCCAAGAAACUACUCUGUCAAUUUAAGGGAGGAACUGAAGCUGACAAAUGUAGUUUUCUUCCCCCGCUGCCUCCUUGUCCAGCGCUGUGGAGGAAACUGUGGCUGUGGGACUUCGAACUGGAAAUCCUGCACGUGCAUGUCAGGGAAAACAGUGAAAAAAUAUCAUGAGGUGCUGAAAUUCGUCCCUGAGGCUGGGCAUCCCAGAAGAAAAGGUAGAACCAGGAACAACAUGGCCUUAGUAGAUAUACAGCUGGAUCACCACGAGCGUUGUGAUUGUAUCUGCAGUUCAAGACCACCCCGAUAAAAAAUAAAUAAAUAAAUAAAAGAAAAAAACAAGACACACUAAUUGCAGCUUACCGGAUGUUUACUUUUAAGCAGGAUUGCUCUGAGGACCUUUACUCACUAAUCAUUUGGACUUUGCUACUAGCCUGCCUUUGCAAUUAGCAAAAAUGAUCGCUGUGUUUCAGCAUAGCUGUGCUGAUUAGUACCAUGGCAGCUAAACAGGUAUAUCAUAGAUUUAUGUAUCAGCAUCCAAGAAUAUAGGAUUAUGGUUAUCUGUAGCUAGAUUCUGAGGGUUGAGAUUUUCAAAGCUCACUUACAGUCCUUAGGCACACAAUGCCCGCUGAAAUUAAACACCAGUUGUGUAGGUAUUUGUGGUAGCUGGCAAUGAAAUAGCGUUGUUUCUAUUUCUCACUCACCAGUUCCUACACUCAAAUUCUGCUGCCAUUUCUACCUGCUCAGCUCUUCUGACGGUCAGCAGGGUUUUGUGGGUAUAAAUGAAAAGAGAAUUUGAGCCUGUAUGUGUAAAAUAGUUUGUCCCGCUCUGAGAGGGAACUUCCCAGCAUUCCAGCCCAACAGAGUGAGAUAUAAUGAGGAAAAUCCAUCACUACAUGAAAUAACACACCAGUAAAGUAAAAUCUCACUGUUUGUACUCAAGCAAAUCAUGUGCUGAAAUUAGUGGAUGAUUUGCAUAAGCCGGGACACUGGUGGCACUAGGGUGGUGCGGAGGCUGGUACUUUUGCCAUGGUGACUCCACAGGAGCCAUCGCUCAGGCGCUUCUGCAAGAGGGGGCUCCUGCCAGGUCCCCAGGUAAAUCCCUGUGGCCUGGGGCUGAUUCUGGUCUCCACCUACCAGGACUGGAUUCCUGCCCCUUGCCCAGAGCUGCCCACAGUUGCCCAGGAGGAGCCCCCUCUACACGAAAAGGGAGAGACAACCCUCCCCUUGUAUCCUCCUCGCUGCAGUUCGAGGAAAGCCGUGUUUCCCCACGCAGGCAAUGAAGAUAGGGCACUUGUUUGAUGAAAAUAUUGAUUUGUUUUGCAGUUGUUUUACUGGGAAACAAAACUGUGCUUGAGAUUUAAUUAUCGUUAUUUGAUUUGGGGUUUGUUUGUUUGUUUGUUUUAAAUACGGAUUAUUAUAACUUCGUCAUAUAUUCAUUAAUCUUAGUUAUCUGAGGUUAGUUGUCUCAUUUCAGCUCUGUGUAUUGCCAUGGUUAAACUGUUGACAGUGAAUUUCUUUUUGAUUGCAUGUUGCUGAGGCAUAUUAACUCAUUAAGCAACGUCUGUCUGUCAUGGAAAAUGUGCGUCAUCUAUUAACUUCCAGAAGAAUAUUAUUAAACACCACCUCAUAAUAAAAUAAGCACUUUAAAAAGCUACAGCAUAGCUUCCUAUGCCUUUUAAAAUAUUAUGAAAGUGCUCUAGCUGAAAAAGGAAAAAAAAAUCCUUCCAAACUAGCUUUAAAGGUUUUUAAAUGCUGCUCCAAAAGUGUAAAAUACAGGCAGAUUUAAGUCUGGCAAAGAAUUGGAGUUUUGAUCAUGAAUGUAACAGAGGGAAUGGGGCAGCAUGUUUAAUGGCAGAGGUUUUAUAUUUAAUAGCAGACAUAGGCUGCAUCAAUUCAUCUUGUUUGUGUUGCCUCUUAUGUUUCUGUCUCCCUGAAAGAGUGAAGUAGUUUGACAAUAGUGCGUUAUAAUUAGUGGAAACUGGCAUGUGCUAUAAUAUAAUAUUGAGAGCCUUCAAGCCAGUAUGUUUUAGCAGUCUACAAUUUUGUUACAAAAGUGCCCUAUGUUCUGACUUACCCUCUUUAUCAACUCAAAUGUAAGUGCUCUUUUAUACUUUUAGCAAAACUUUACUGAAACAUCCCUUAGAAAUGUUAUGUUACUUUCUUUCCUGUACUUUAACCUUUGGGAUUCAAAAAGUGUGGGGUUUUUAUUAUUUAUAUUAAUUUUUCCUCUCUGGCUCCCAAAUGUCUAUUUAAAAGUGUUCCUGAAUGCUGACUUGGGAAGUGAUUCAUCAUUUUUCAAAGCAAUUCAUGUUAAAAGAACAGCACUAUAACCAAAGAUUGCCAGCUUCAUUUCGUAGUUCAGGACUGUUUAGAGGACUUCAUUCUUUUUCUGUCUCUAGCUUAAUAACAAGAUUGACCCAGCCCUUCCAUAAUUUUUAGCUAAUUUUGGAAGAAGUUUGCAUGCGAGACCUUGGCAGUACUGAUUGUUUUUGAGACAGUGCACUCCAAUGUAUAUUCCUGACUGAAUUAUGCGCAAAUUAUACCUAAGCACUCUGGCCUCAUAGUUAGCAUUGGUUGUAGGAAACAUCAGUUUCAUAUGGCUUUGUGCUUUGAGUGGUCCUUUAAUUCCCACCCCCCAGGGGAAAAUGUGCACCAGGCAUCCACUGUGCCUGGCGUCUCCCACACACCUCUGCAUGCUCACCCAGUCUCCACCCCAACAGCCAUGUGUUGGGAGGGGUAUUUGCACCUCCUUUUUUGGGGGAUCCAGCCUUGUCUGGGAGCCUGAGUUACCGCUACAGGCAAUUGGGAGAGACAGGCUCUUACAAAGUGUGCCUUAGCCCCUAGGUUGAGAUUGCCCAAUGUGGGAGCUUUUCUUUCUCUCUUUUGACUAUGUAGAAAGAUGAGAAAUCUGAUUUGGGCAUCUAAGUGAGAUGAUACACAAAGGCAGAUGGCAUGAAUACUCAUUUUAAAGACUGAACAGCUAACAGUUUAGCUAACUGAAUUAGAUACAGGCAGCAGUGGAUGCCAGGGUCCAGCAGAAAAGUUCAGCUGUAAAGUAGAAAGAGAUUGGUGUAAUAGGGAUUAACCUCUUGCUUAAUGUUGGAUUUACUUUCUUAAAUAUAGGCUAAACUUGUCACAAAAUUUCAAGUAUUACUCCUGAGACACUUAGUAAUGAAUGGAACCAUUCACUGCUUCAUGCUGCCAUCUGCCAUACAGACAGCAUGCUCCCGGCCAGGGCAGGAAAGUCAGGGAUGGGCUUUAUGUUGCAGUGUGGGGAUGAUAACAUACAUGUGAACUAAGAAAAACUCCCAAAACCAUGGGCCCCAAGCUGCAAUGACCCUGGUGAAACCAAAUACCAGCAAAACUUUUCCUUUUUAUUUAUUGGCAGAAAUUGCAGAGAUGUUUUUCCAUACCUUUAUUUUCUCUUUUGUCUAUGUAAUAAUUGUUAUGUUGUUUACAUACUAUUUUAACUUAAAAAGCAAAGCUAUUAGAAAAACUGAUCUGGUUCAUUUUUAUUGGUGGAAUUAGAACCCCCCAAAAUAAAUACAUUUUCAAUGGAAAUUCAGAAAGAUUCCUAAUUUCAAACCACUCACUAGCUUUUUAUUUACUGUAUUCUUCUGGGAUAGAGCCUACUUUCUCAAGUGCAAUCUAUAUAUAUUUUUUUUGUUAUCUCAGUUAAAUGCAGCUUUCCUAGCAGUAUUUUUUACUUUAUGCAGUAUGUAAUGUGUCUUAUCUUGAUGAAAAAUAAAUACUGCUUUUG